GUGUGACCUUGGCCUGAACUACUACCACCAAUCCAGACUGGUCAGCUGCCUCUGUCCUGAAAAGGAUCGGCAGCCUCUGUUAGAGAAAGCCAUACAGUGUGUGAAGAAGGCGAUCAUGCUCGACAGUGCAAAUCACACAUACUGGAAUACACUUGGGGUGGUCUCCAUGGCAAAGGGAAUAGAAAACUUUGCACUCGCACAACACUGCUUUGUUAAAUCGGUAAAAGAGGAGUCAAAUAAUGUGGUUGCAUGGACCAACCUUGGUGCUUUGUAUCUAAAGAAGGGAAAUAUAGAGCUCUCGCAUGAAGCUUUCAAGAUUGCUCAGUCUCUGGAACCCCUGUAUGUGAACUGCUGGAUUGGACAGGCCCUGAUUGCUGAGUCGGUGGGCAGUUACGACACCAUGGAUCUUUUCAGACACACCACAGAACUGAGCACUCAUACUGAGGGAGUGAAGGGUUAUGCGUAUUGGGUUUGCUCCACACUGCUGGACAGGAGCAACAGAGACUCAGAGAUCUACCUCUACAACAUAGUCCAGAUGAACGCUGUCUCUGCUGCCCAGGUGGCUCUGAGCAAGUACACCGAGAGGAUUCAGACGGACCCAGACGCCUUCAUUAUGCUCGGAUAUUUGAACACACACCUGCAGUUGAGGAAACAGGCCACUGAAGCAUAUCGCAGAGCUGUCGAGUUGCUUCAGGCAUCUCCUCACAAAGAUAAGCUCAGCUUUGCUCUGAGGGGUUAUGGACGUGCCCUCAGUGAUAAUGGACAGUGGGAGGAAGCAGUGCGUAUUUAUUCCUCCACACCACUAGAGGAGCUGCACGAUCUCAUCGGACUGGCGCUCGCAUGUUUCAGAAUCAGUCGCUUGCCAGAGAGUGUUCAGGCCUAUGAAAAAGCCCUUGCAGUUGCCUCUAGCGAAAAGGAAAAGGCCUGCAUACUCACUGCGCUGGCCCUGAUACAGCACAGACUGGGCAACAUCGAUCAUGCCAAAACGCUUCUCUUCAAGUGCUCCAUGCUGAAAGAACCUGUCUCCGAGAGUUUGUGGUGUCUGUGUUCCCUGGGUUUGGUACAUGGGGAUGUGACCCUGGCAAGUGCUACGCUUACUGAGCUUCUAAAACUGGGGGAAUGUGUAGGAGGCGCUGUGGAGGAGCGCUGUCUGCUCACUUGCACCCUGCUGGCCCUGCAGGGCAACUAUAACGGCGUACACAGGGAGGCUGCUAGGGCUAUACACAGGAACCCCGGAAAUCCUUCUCUCUGGGCUCUUCUCUCCAGACUGGUCCCACAGUACUGCCCCAACAAAGCCAAUGGAGGAGCUGUGGCCGGCAGUGUGGCGUGUCAUGCUAGCUUGACACUUGGAAAGAGGGCGUUGCUGUACAGUGGAGUGAAUCAGUUGGCCUCAGGCCGGCACUCCGGUGAAGACAGCAGACGCAACGCUCUGAAAACAAUCCAAAGAGCUGUGCUGCUGUGCCCAGAUGAUCCUGCUGGGUGGGCGGGGCUGUUGGCCGCCUGUCACACAGAGAACACUGCAUGCUUACUCCAAGGCUCCGUCCCUCGCAGAGAAGAUCUGGAGAGGGCGCACAUGGCACUGGUUUCUGAAAAAGUGAAGGGCCUGCAGGCAGAGGACGGGCUCUUGGCUCAGGCUCUGGAGGGAUGGGUGCUGCAGCAGGCCGUGACAGGACUCAAACAGAGUGGCCAAUAUGACCAGGCAGAGACUCUGUGCUCCCAGGUUCUGAGCGUAUCUCCAGAGCAUCCUGUGGUGUUCCUGAUGUUUAGGCAGGUUCAAUGUGAGCGCCUCCUGUUGUCUGAAACUGGUAAAGGUGUUCCUCCUGCAGUGCUGGAUCAGCUCAGCGCCGCUGUCAUGGCCAACCACACGUCUGUGUCCGCCUGGCAUUGGUUGGCAGAAGUGUACCGUUCUCAGGGUCUGCUGGCUCAGGCCUCCGUGGCAUACAGACAGAGUCUUCAGCUGGCCUCUCAGCUCGGCGACCACUUUGGAAAGAUGAGCAGCCUGCUCCGACUAGCCCUGCUGGCACUCAUGCCGUGUUUGGCUGGCGUCUGUGUCUCUGAGUGGAAGGAUCUGGUGUUGGAGGCCAGCACUGAAGUCUUAAAGAUGGGCAGCUCACCAGUAGCUCUGCUCUUCCAAGCCUUACUGCAGUUCUCUAUUAAGAUGGGUGCCAGGGAAACCCGUCGCCUGUUGGAGAAAAUAGUUUAUGCUUCAGCCUCAGGCGGCUCUGAAACAAUAGUGUCAGUGGCCCGCUGGUACCUCCUGCGCCACCUGCACACCAAAGAUGACCUGGAGCUGAUAGAUGUGAGCAAUUGCAUUCACUCGCUCUACGUGUGUGUGUGUGUGUGUGUGUGUGUGUGUGUGUGUGUGUGUGUGUGUGUGUGUGUGUGUGUGUGUGUGUGCUUAAAUUCACAAGCUUAAAUUUGUUAUUUCAAA